UGUGAGGUUACCGGUUUAUACGAAUCCAUCUAACAUUGCCCGCCAAUAUACCGAAAGUAAGGUUAUCGAGAGUAAUAAUGUUUAUAUCUAUUUAUAAUCUUAUUAGAAUCGUGAAAUAGAAACUAUUUACUGAAAAAUAUACAUGCUUUUAUUCGUUUAUAUUAUAAGUGCUACAUAAACGAUAUAUCUUUUCGAUAUAAUAAUAUUUUCGACAUGGAAGUAUCUCCAAUGGGCAAUUUGCCUUGCAGCAAAGAUUUAUGGUCCAUAAUAUCUGGCACAACAUGCUGUUGCGCUAAAGAGACUGUCGAAGAUGAAAUUAAGAAUGGAACUGUAUUAUUCAAGGAAGGACUUCAGUUUUUUAAGCCAUAUACAGAUGCAUCGUUGCAGAGUAUUUCUAAAAGAGAUCCGCCUCCUCUUCAACAGAUGUAUGAUUUGAUUAGUAAACUUGCCCCACUUAUUAACUUGGAUGCCACAAUUACUUGGGAUCUUGUGUGCAAUUUUGUAUCCUAUGAAUACAGAAAUUGCGCAGAGACUUUUGCAGCACAGCUUACUGAUCUUACUUCUAUAAAAAGUUUAAUCGAUGAUAUUUGGAACUUUUAUUAUUCUGAGAGAAUUACCUUAAUAAAAUGCCUUAAACUUAUGAUUGAAUAUAAAGAUAACGAAAGACAUCCUUAUCACAAGGAAUUUGCAAAAUUUUUUGAUGAGAUCUUGAUGGGCAAUCUACUUGAAUCUAUACAAAAGCAAAUAAAAGCAUUGAAAUUUGUAAAUCCGCCUACACGGUCACAAUUCUGUACCGAAGAUUAUUUACAUAGAUUAUAUAAUAGUACUUUGAUUGAAAUGCGAGAGCUGCUUCACAUACUGACUGUGAUCGUGCAUGAUAUACAUAUUGCUAAUCAUGAAUUUGUUAAGUUUUAUGGAAGCAUUGGGGGCGAACCUAGACGAUUAGCAAGUACAAAAAGUCAUGAAGAUAAGGAAGCUAUUAUUAAAAAAAUUGAAGAGAUACAAUACAGCCAAAUAGGAUUAUUACUUGUAGCAUUGGAUGUGAGAAAGCACACUGAUAUGGAAGACUGGAUAAAUAGCAUUGGAAGCAAUAUGCAAGAAAUAUUUGAACACAAAUGCGUUCGUGAAAAUUCACCACAAGAUGGACCAUUGCUUCUAUGUUGGAUGUUAGCAAAUUAUGCGAUUGAUCCGGAUAAUAUAGACACAUUAAAUCGCUUUAGACCAUUUGGUAUUAAAGCCAUACAACUCGAUGUGUUCCACUAUCUACGAGAUUUAAUGAACUGCGAAAUGUUUCAAGAAGAGACUUAUUAUGCUGAAGUUGUGCGAAGCAGUGUUUAUAAUCUUCUUACUUUGAUGUGCGCUUUUGUCGACGAAGAUCGAUUAAGUACUUUAAAUGGUAUUUUCGACGCCAUGGCUGCUACAAUCAAAUUUCCAGAAUGUGCUACUAGAUUUUGGAACGAACAAUACGAUGGCUUAUGGCCGAUUUAUAAAGUUGCUGUAGAAUUAUAUCCUUACAAGUUUGAACCUUUAACCAGUAUAGCUAUUGGUCUUGCAUCCACGACUAUUGCGAGUGCCAAAAAGAUUGCAUUGGAAUUGGAUAAUCUACAAACAGUGACUAUAGAGAUUCCCCGUCAAAGAGAUCAUAGUAAAUCAUUGCAGCCAUACAAAGCGGAAUGUAUAAUUCAGAAGAAUUUAUUUACUAUCUUCAGCAAUUGUGCGCGCGAAAACAUUGCCGUACUAUCUCCAGAGAAAGAAGUGGUUUUAUUUCGUACAAAGGCAAGUUAUUGGAAUGCCUUACAUCAUAAAAUAGAACAGUUAUUUUCUCAAGCUAGCGGCGGAAUUGCAAAUAUAAGCGCAGUGAAGACAGAUUUACCGAAAAAUGUUUGUCACGGUUUGAAACUAUUGGAAGCAUUAUUGGCUAAAGACAUCGAGAUACCAUCAAGUAUGGUCACUCCCACGGAACUGAGUUUCGAAAUCAUUAAUCGAUUUUCAUAUCCGGUUUUACCAACGAAUUUAUACAAAAUCGUCGCCGUGUGCAUUGGUAUUUCAUCGAAAUUGGUUUUAAGAUAUCCUGAGGACAUUCUCUCACGUAUGCGAUCAGGUGUUUACCCAAGAUUUAAUAAUUGGUAUCAAAAGCCAGUGGACUUUGCUGAAGCAAUCUCCUUUGAUGGUGGUCUCAUCGCGUCGUGGCUUUCAGGAAUAGAAACUAUCGAACAUACUUAUCCUAUUCUACGUGCAUUUUUAGACACUUUAUACAAUUAUCUAAUCGCCAAACACAGUAAAGAAGCCAUGUAUACCAUUGAGAUACCAGGUAUGGUAUUUCUGUUACAAGCUGUUUUACCCAAGUUAGACUCGUGGUAUUUUAAAUCCAAUGCAGAAAGAAUCGACUUAUGGCUGAAGAGCAUGUUUUGUAUUCAUCGAGCUCUAGAAUCUACUCUAUCCAAGAAUGAUAUUCGCAACGAGUUGCAACUUGUUGUAGUAUAUAGUUUACUCUACUUGGAGCCGCGUCACGCACUGUUGAAGUUACUCCGAACGGGCGAACGCACAUUGCACAAUAAAAUGAUUACAGAGACAGAUUGGAUUAGUGGAAAAGGAUUCAAGACUACCAAAAGCGUAGAAUUAGCCUUGUCGAUAGUCAAUCGACUUUUAAUGUUUAGAAAGUCUCUGGGUCUCGAAUUAGGCGAUAGAUCGCCUCUCGAGAUUGCUUUGUAUUCUUCUCCGAGAGUACCUAAUGGACUUCUCAUAGUACCGACCAUCGUUAAUUAUUUAUAUGUUUGGUUUAGUCCUUCAUUGCAGAAAAUGGCAGUUAGAUUAUUGAAGAAGUUUGCAGAGGAAUUUUCUAUGUCUUUGCUGGUCUGUAUGGGAAUGGAUGGGACUUCUAUACGAGAAACCUUUGCAUUUCGAUUGACGCUACCGACAUGCGCAAUUGAAGUAAAAGUCGCUAUCCUGGAAUUGGUUGCCGUGUGCCUCGAGAAACAGCCCGGCUUGACGGAAGCUCUCUUCAACAUCAUGCAUCAAGCAGAACGCAAGAGAAUUUUUCCUCGUCCAGCCGAUGAGUUCCUUACGGAAGGCUGCAGUCAAUUCUUAGACUCAUAUUUAGAACGAAUGUACAAAGAAAGUGAUAUUGUGUGUGACAAGUUGUAUGACAGCACAAUGGCGGUAUUACGCGCCAUGUGGUAUUAUAGAAACGAAAUUCUUGUCAAUUUCUUCCGCAAGCGAGAAAAAUUCUGGAGUCAUCUGUUUGCUCCGCUUUUCAAACCUUUGGUACCAGGUGCAAAAGGUUAUUCCCAAUUGUUAGACGUAAUUACGUUAGAAUUAUACAAAAGUCCAUUACUCGAAGAUAAUUUCUCAAAAAAUUUAAAAGAACUGUUGGACAAAUCCAAGGAUCAUUGGAAAAAAUUAGCCAUAUAUGUUCUCGACGUUGCAAACGGCGAAGAUAAUGGUACUAAAGAAGAACAUAUAAAACAAGACAAAAUCGUCGAUCCGUUAUAUGAAAUUAACUUAGAGUCUUGGUAUCACUUUAUUGUCAUGCUCACUGACGAUCGAACGGCUAAACAUUAUCCAAUUAACGUAACACAGGCGCAUCUUCUAACUCAGUUGGCUUUGGAUUCUUUAUUGGAGAGAGUAAAGGAAUCCAACGAUACCAGCAGUGGCAAAAUUCCAAUGUUACUGGCCUCUUUAUCCUUGAGAUGCAUCACUUCUUGGAAACAGAUGUGUGUUGGCGAUUCAAGAAUCUUCAAAACCAGACUGUCACAGCUCACGCAAGAGAUAGCGCAGACUUAUCGCGGUUUCGGAAAAGCCCUACGUCAAACGAUGAUUUCAUUAUUACUUGGAUGUGUGCAACUGGUGAAAAGUACCUUAGCCGAAGAUUCAGCGAGUUUGGAGUAUCUUUUAGCACAUUCCUGUACGAUCGCUAUUUGCGAAUUGGAAGAACUGAAAGAAGCUGCCUUUCAAUUAGAACGUCGUAAACAACAAAUUUCUGUCGAGCUCAUCAAGACCGAGGAAAAGGAUACGCAGAAAAAAGCUGAAUGUCACAGUGUGGAAACUCUUCGUGGUAUACGGGAAAGUUUACCGGCAACAUUAGCUGUCAGCAUGGUGACACAAUUGUUACGAUCGUACGUUGAACGUAAUGCAAAUUUCAAGCAUCGUUUACGAGCCAGUUGCGUACAGCUGCGUCAAAUGAUACCCGAACUGAUGGCAUGUGUCGGUUACACGCUGCAGAAAUACCCGUAUUUUAAAUUCAGCAUAGCAGCCCUAAGUUUACUAGGUGUUAUAUCGCGUUCGCCGUAUUGUCCGCAUCCUAUCAGCGACAACGAUAUUGCGAAGCUCUGGCUCAGCCUAAUUCCACCGGCUGACAUUGCCAACAGUAUGCUCGACUCGUUGUACGACGAUUCAGCGAAUGGUCGAUGGCGUUGCCAGGAUUGGUGGCCAAUAUACACUUUGGGCUUAGAGUUCUUAAUAGGUCUGGUGACCAGCGAGACACACAUGGUGUACAUUAAUCAUGUGAUUCUUUUCUUAAACUCUCACGAACACCAGUUAAUGGUUGUCUCCACUUUACUGAGACACACUGCCGAUUUAUUGGCCGCUGAUUUGAUACAAUCGCUGAUCGCUCUUAUACACGCUGUAGCUACGCAAACAUAUGUUUGGAACGCGAUCCAGCCGAGGAUUCGCGAGACUCUGAUCAAGUGCAUAUACCUGGUGUAUGAUAGUACGGUGAACUUGUUAUUAAGACCACGAAUACUGAAAUUUAUCAUUGACGGUAUCAGCGUGGAAAGUGCUGAGGAACUCGAGUCUUGCGAUAAUCGAUUGCCUAGCGGUGAGUUGAAGCUAUUGGUGAAUAAACUGAUUGUCAUAAACACAACUUGCGCGCUAACUUUUGUUCAUUUUUCGCCGAAAUUGAACACCCUCGUGGACACAAUAUAUACUCAGAAUUAUUGGUACACGCCGAUGGCCGAGAUGAAUUUUGGUCCACCGCAGAUGAGCAUGAGUUCCGGUCCGCGACUCACCUACGGCACGAUCAUCAGUUCGACACAGCUGUUCACCCAGGCUCUUCAUUCCCGCUCGCAGCCCGUUGCUUCGUUGCCCACUUCUUUAAUCCCGCAUACAACUGGACGCGAAGAUAAAACAGAUUCUGCAAAGAAGGAAUGGGAACGCGCCGCACCAGAGAAUCUCCGGCGUAUGCACACGAGCAAGGAUCUGCGAAGAAUCAUUCACGCUGCCUCGGGCUCAAUUUCUAGGACGUCGACAUCCAACAUUGGCUCCAGAGAAUUUCUGGGAUACCCGGUCAGUGGCUUGGACGUUACUGUGCCGUUGCUUAGUAGUCCUAGACUCGUACGUCGUCCAUACGAUCCGUUGAUAUGUGAAAAUACGAUUCUUUCGAGAGCGACUGCUUUGGCGACCGGUAGACACGUUGCGAAGAGUAGCGGCAGCGGCACCGGUGGCAACGGUAGUCCAAUCAUAGCGAGAAAUCAUCGUUUUUGCGAUCCGUGGUUCGAAUCUAUGGACGAGAAUAAUACACGAUUGGCAUUAGAGAUCAAUCUUAUUCUAAUACUGUCUCAAGCGCUGGAAGGUGUGAAGAGUCCUAGACUCGCAUUGAGAGAUCGUCAACUUAUAGCACGGGAAACCGCCACAGAGUUGGGGGUCUUCUUCGAUUUUCUCGAACACCGCGGUACACCCGAUAUCUGGCAGGUAAAGGGCUCCUUGAUAGACGCGGAUACACGGAGCUCCAGGACAAUUCAGGAUACCAGUGAUCCGACACAAAUGAAUUUACCGGCAAGACUCCAGAAGAACAGUACUAUUGAUAAAACGCCGGUGUGCUUACCCGACCACGAAGACUCUUCCAUGGAAGUAAUUCAAACCGAAACACGGGAGAAAAGACUUGACGAUAGUAUCCUUACAACAGGCGUUUUUAAAACUAAUGUCAGCAGCGUACAAUUCUUGCCGUUGAUGGGGAAAUUACUCAAGACAGUUGUCGAGUCAUUGGAUUCAGCACAAUUCCGAUAACAUUUGUAAAACUACUUUUAAAAUGUAAACCUUAAUAUAUAAUAAUAGUAUAUCAUUUUGGAAUAGAGAUUAAAUCUCUCUUAAUAUACUGUGUAAAUUGGUACAAACAUUUAAUACUAAAAGUGAACAUACAGCACAUAGAGUUUUAAUAUUUAAACUAUGACUGCACCCUUUUAUCUGUACCAUUUUUAAUUUGGUACAUGAUUGUACAAAUUGUGUAUGAUAUAUAAUUGAACAUUUGUGUGCAUGUUCACAAAUGCUAAUCAAUAAUACAUGUAUUAU